AUGAUUAGGUCUCAAAUUCCUUUCUGGAGGAAGUCAAUGUUAGAGGCAUAUGUUGACAUCGUUUUUAGGGCUUGGAAGGCUGCAAAUGGGGAGACAAGAGAGGAGAUAAGUUGGAGGCAUAUGCAGGCAUUGGUUGAUCGCUCAACUCAUGAGCAAGAGUAUGCUAACUCAACAACCGUAAAUGAGGGGAUAGAUGUAUAUGGCUUCAGUGUAGUGCUAUUAGAAUUGGUAACCGAAAAAGAACCACAAGAAGGAGAUGGGGAUAUGAAUCUAGCAGAAUGA